AUGGCAACAAUGACCUUCCAAAUGGUAUCCGAGAAAGGGCAGAAAGCGGAAAACACUGCAUGCAUGAUAAAUUUGGAGAAAAGUACGGAGCUGCAGCCUAUUUACUCUGAUCUGGCUUCCUCUGAAGAUUCUGACUGCAAUGUUGAAGAAUGUGCUCCUGAUAAGGAGGUUGGGAAGGCCAGCAUGGAGUGGUUAGCAGGGGAGAAGACUAAAGUAGUUGGAACAUUUCCGCCUCGCAAGCCGCGGGGUUGGACAGGUUAUGUUGAGAAAGACACUGCUGGGCAAACAAACAUAUAUUCAGUUGAGGUUGGUGGUUUUAAGCUCCUACUAUUUUCGAUGUUUCUUAAUGCAUUACUCCUCCAAGUUGGUAAAAACCCACCUCAAAUGCAGACACUAGAAUACUCGGGGCCAUCUCUAAGUUACUAUAUCAACAAGUUUAAACCACAAGAAAUUAUCCAAGGCUCAGCACCAAGCCAAACUGAAUCACCCAAUCCCAUAUUCAGCCCAUUUCGUGAGAAGUGUCUUUAG